GGAAACACCUGAAGAAACUGUACCCAUUGAAACAAUAGAGCUACCAGAGGAAACCACUGUUGAAGAAACAGAGACUCCUGACGGCAAGCCAGUCAGCAAGAUAGUGACCAAACGUGUCAUCAAAAAGAAAAAGGGGCCCAAAAUAGAAACCACCGAAAUAAUCACAGAAAAAGAGGGCGACAAACAACCUGUCCUGUCUGUACACACCACAGAAGAGUUCACCGAUGAGGUUUCAUCACCAUUGGAGACAAUAUACGAUUUCGAUUCAGCAGAUGUAAUCGAAGAGCCAGAACAAAUACAAUUUGAUCAGGUGCGUACGGAAACAGGCGACGUAAAAACAGUCAAAACCACGAAACGCAUUAUAAGGAAAAAGAAGGGCCCUAAAGAGGAAACAACGGAAAUUCUUACUACCCAAGUAGGUGAAGAUGUUCCUAUUACAACUGUCAGUAUUGUGGAGGAUAAACCAAACGAAGAAGAAACUAUGCCUGUUGAGAUAUUCGAAAUGCCGGAAGAAACAAAUGUUGAAGAGCAGCUCACACCUGAAGGUAAGGUCACUAAAAAGAAGGUUACAAAACGUCUUAUCAAAAAGAAAGUAGGACCCAAAGUUGAAACUACCGAAAUCACUACUGAACAAACAGACGACCUAACACCAAUCGUUUCAGUACACACGACUGAACAAACCACAGACGAAACCACUGAACCGUUUGAGAUUUUACACAAAUCAGACAUAGCAACACUUAUAGUAGAAGAACCAGACACUGUACAACUCACACAAGUUAAAACAGAUACCGGUGAUGUUAAAUCUGUAAAGGUCACCAAACGCGUCAUCAAAAAGAAGAAAGGACCAAAACAAGAAAUCACGGAAAUCAUCACCACCAAAGAAGAUGACAAAGCUCCUGUAACUAUUGUGUCCGUCAAAGAAGAGGAAACACCUGAAGAAACUGUACCCAUUGAAACAAUAGAGCUACCAGAGGAAACCACUGUUGAAGAAACAGAGACUCCUGACGGCAAGCCAGUCAGCAAGAUAGUGACCAAACGUGUCAUCAAAAAGAAAAAGGGGCCCAAAAUAGAAACCACCGAAAUAAUCACAGAAAAAGAGGGCGACAAACAACCUGUCCUGUCUGUACACACCACAGAAGAGUUCACCGAUGAGGUUUCAUCACCAUUGGAGACAAUAUACGAUUUCGAUUCAGCAGAUGUAAUCGAAGAGCCAGAACAAAUACAAUUUGGUCAGGUGCGUACGGAAACAGGCGACGUAAAAAUAGUCAAAACCACUAAACGCAUUUUAAGGAAAAAGAAGGGCCCUAAAGACGAAACAACGGAAAUUCUUACUACCCAAGUUGGUGAAGAUGUUCCUAUUACAACUGUCAGUAUUGUGGAGGAUAAACCAAACGAAGAAGAAACUAUGCCUGUUGAGAUAUUCGAAAUGCCGGAAGAAACAAAUGUUGAAGAGCAGCUCACACCUGAAGGUAAGGUCACUAAAAAGAAGGUUACAAAACGUCUUAUCAAAAAGAAAGUAGGACCCAAAGUUGAAACUACCGAAAUCACUACUGAACAAACAGACGACUUAACACCAAUCAUUUCAGUACACACGACUGAACAAACCACAGACGAAACCACUGAACCGUUUGACAUUUCACACAAAUCAGACAUAGCAACACUUAUAGUAGAAGAACCAGACACUGUACAACUCACACAAAUUAAAACAGAUACCGGUGAUGUUAAAUCGGUAAAGGUCACCAAACGCAUUAUCAAAAAGAAGAAAGGACCAAAACAAGAAAUCACGGAAAUCAUCACAACCAAAGAAGAUGACAAAACUCCUGUAACUAUUGUGUCCGUCAAAGAAGAGGAAACACCUGAAGAAACUGUACCCAUUGAAACAAUAGAGCUACCAGAGGAAACCACUGUUGAAGAAACAGAGACUCCUGAUGGCAAGCCAGUCAGCAAGAUAGUGACCAAACGUGUCAUCAAAAAGAAAAAGGGGCCCAAAAUAGAAACCACUGAAAUAAUCACAGAAAAAGAGGGCGACAAACAACCUGUCCUCUGUGUACACACCACAGAAGAGUUCACCGAUGAGGUUUCAUCACCAUUGGAGACAAUAUACGAUUUCGAUUCAGCAGAUGUAAUCGAAGAGCCAGAACAAAUACAAUUUGGUCAGGUGCGUACGGAAACUGGCGACGUAAAAACAGUCAAAACCACGAAACGCAUUAUAAGGAAAAAGAGGGGCCCUAAAGAGGAAACAACGGAAAUUCUUACUACCCAAGUAGGUGAAGAUGUUCCUAUUACAACUGUCAGUAUUGUGGAGGAUAAACCAAACGAAGAAGAAACUAUGCCUGUUGAGAUAUUCGAAAUGCCGGAAGAAACAAAUGUUGAAGAGCAGCUCACACCUGAAGGUCACCAAACGCGUCAUCAAAAAGAAGAAAGGACCGAAACAGGAAAUCACGGAAAUCAUCACCACCAAAGAAGAUGACAAAGCUCCCAUAACCAUUGUCUCCGUCAAAGAAGAGGAAACACCAGAAGAUACUUUACCCAUUCAAACGGUAGAGCUACCAGAGGAAACCACAGUUGAGGAAACAGAGACUCCUGACGGCAAGGCAAUCAGCAAAAUAGUGAAUAAACGUGUCAUCAAAAAGAAAACGGGACCCGAAAUAGAAAACACUGAAAUAAUCACAGAAAAAGAGGGCGGCAAACAACCUGUCCUAUCUGUACACACCACAGAAGAGUUCAACGAUGAGGUCACAUCACCAUUGGAGACAAUAUACGAUGUCGGCUCAGCAAAUGUAAUCGAAGAGCCAGAACAAAUACAAUUUAGUCAGGUGCGUACUGAAACAGGUGACGUAAAAUCAGUCGAAACCACGAAACACAUUAUUAAGAAAAAGAAGGGCCCAAAAGAGCAAAUUACGGAACUUCUUACUACCCAAGUAGGUGAAGAUAUUCCUAUUACAACUGUCAGUAUUGUGGAGGAUAAACCAAACGAAGAAGAAACUACGCCCGUUGAGCUUAUAGAAAUGCCGGAGGAAACAAAUAUUGUAGAGCAACUCACACCUGAUGGUAAGGUUACGAAAAAGAAGGGUACAAAACGUCUUAUCAAGAAGAAAGUAGAACCCCAAGUUGAAACUACCGAAAUCACUACUUAUCAAACAGACGAACUAACACCAAUCACUUCAGUACACACAACUGAACAAAUCACAGACGAAACCACUGAACCGUUUGAGUCUUUACACAAAUCAGACAUAGCAACACUUGUUAUAGACAAACCAGACAUUGUACAACACACACAAAUUAAAACUCAUACCGUUGAAGUAAAAUCUGUAAAGGUCAACAAAGGCACUAUCAAAAAGAUGAAAGGUCCGAAACAGGAAAACACAGAAAUUAUCACCACCAUAGAAGAUGAUAAAGCUCCCAUAACCAUUGUCUCCGUCAAAGAAGAGGAAACACCUGAAGAUACUUUACCUAUUCAAACGCUACCAGAGGAAACCACCGUUGAAGAAACAGAGACUCCUGACGGCAAGGCAAUCAGCAAAAUAGUGAAUAAACGUGUCAUCAAAAAGAAAACGGGACCCAAAAUAGAUAACACUGAAAUAAUCACAGAAAAAGAGGGCGGCAAACAACCUGUCUUGUCUGUACACACCACAGAAGAGUUCAACGAUGAGGUCACAUCACCAUUGGAGACAAUAUACGAUGUCGGUUCAGCAAAUGUAAUCGAAGAGCCAGAACAAAUACAACUUAGUCAGGUGCGUACGGAAGCAGAAAAGAAAAAGAAGGGUCCAAAAGAGCAAAUUAUGGAAGUUCUUACUACCCAAAUAAGGGACUAUGCUCCCGUCACAACCAUCACUGUAAUGGAGGACAAGCCCAUUAAAGAAAAAACCAAGCCUCUGGAGAGUUUAGCGAAACCGGAAGAAACGGAAGGUGAAGAGCAACUUGCACCCGAAGAUAUUUCAUUGUUGGAAAAAAUUGAUGAAAAUAAAAAGAAGAAACCGAAAAAUGUGAAGAAAACAGCUAACUUCGACGAUGAAAAACCAAAGGAAGACAAACCUGUACCUAUGGAGCCAGAGGAAGAAAAACCUACAGAAGUAGAGAUGAACAUAACAUCACCAAGAACUAAAAAACCAAAACUUGUAAAACAAAAAAUUGAACAAAAGACUAUAAAGAUAAGUGAAGCCCAACAUGCGGAGAAGAUUGAAGGCCCACAAUUUGCAAAAAUAAAAUUGAAAAAACCUACCCAAAAACCAAAACAAGAAUCAACGACAGUAACUUUACCAAAAUUCCAAUUAAAAAGUCGUAUCAGACAUAUUACUGACUGGCCUCCCUCAGAAAUUAAACCCACUAUAUCAUAUAUGGGCAGCGUGCGACAAAAUGGAGAACUAUCGAGAAACGUGAAAGAAGCUGCCAAACUAAAGAAAAAACAACCUAAAUUGAAAAACAUUCCUGAUUAUGAAGUCGAAUUAGAGAAAUUAGAAAAAAUUGAUUUUACCCCUGAAAAUGAAAAACCGACAGAAAUGAUCGAAGGUAAAAGGAUUCCCGAUAAUAUAGAUACUACAGUUAAUGACGAGUCAUUACCCGAUACAUCAUUUUCAAAUCUAGAAGAAGUUAAAUCGAAAAACCUCCAAGAAAAGCAACGUACAACUUCAGAAGAUACUGAAAAAAUUAGUGACGUUGAGUCACACCCCGAAAUGAAACAAAAUAUUGAAGAAAUCAUAGAAACAUCACAAGAAGUCCCAGAAAAAGCUUUAGCUCAAAUGGAAAAUGCCACAGAAAUAGAAACACCUAAACAGACAUUAAAGAAACAAAAACCAAAAAAAUCUACGAAACCGGCAAUUAAAACAGAAGGUACCACACCAAACGUAAAAUCAGACACAAAUACACCAGAUCAACUGGUUGAAAUACGAGAAAUAGAAGAAACAAAUGACAAAAACGAUAAAGCACCAGAUGGAAAUGAAAUACCGCAGGUAAAAAUAACCGAAAAACCCAUUGAUACUGCUGAUGAAGAAAAAAUUGAAAGUCCUUUAGGAUAUCAAGAAACACCUGAAGAAACAGAAGCCAAAGUGAAUCAGAUAGAAAGUGAAAAGAAUAAGAAAACAAAAAAAGUAAAGAAACCAAUAGAUAAAAAAGAGGUUCCAGAAGAAGACAGAAAAGAUACAAAACAAGUAACGUUACAAAAGCUCGAAGAGUUCGUAGAGAAAUCACUAGGAAACGAUAGCCAACCCUCAGAAAUCAAUAAAGUAGAAGAAAUACCUAAAGAAGAGAAUGAAACGCCAACAGAAACUGGAUUGUCCAAAGAUGAUGACAAUUUAAAACCUAAAAAAGAUAAAAAGCCGAAAAAAUUGAAGAAACCAAUUGAUAAAAAAGAGGUUACAUCAGAAGACAGAAAAGAUGCGGAUCAAGAAACGUUACAAGAGCCAGAAGAGUUAGAAAAUAAAUCUCCAGAAAACGAUACUCAAUCAUCAGAAAACAAUAAAGUAGAAGAAAUACCCAAAAAAGAGAAUGAGACGCCUACAGGAACCAUAUUGUCUAAAGAUGACGAAGAUUUAGAACCUAAAAAAGAUAAAAAAUUAAAAAAUAUAAAGAAGUCAAUCGAUAAAAAAGAGGUUCCAGAAGAAGACAGAAAAGUCACAGAACAGGAAUUAUUAGAUAAACCUAAAGGAUUAGAAAAGAAACCUAAAUUGAAACUUACCCCAAUUAAGAUAGAAAGGAAAACUAUUGAAAUAAGUAAAGCGCAGCAUGCAGAAAACGUUGAAGGACCUCAAUUCACAAAACUUAAAUUAAAGAAAACAGUAGCGAAACCUAAGCAAGAACUUUCUUCGACUACUCUUCCAAAAUUCCAACUGAAAAGUAGGAUUACAUAUAUAAAAGAUUGGCCACCACAAAUCAUUCUACCUAGUAUUAGCUUUUUAGGUAGUAUAAGACAAAACGGCAUCCUAUCUAGGAAUAUCAAAGAAGCAGCCAAGAUCAAAAAGAAGAUAUAUAAACAACCACAGUUACCUGAAAUUGAAAAAACAGAGCUUGAAAAACCAAUGUUCGGAUAUGAGGAUAUCGUGGAAGCAACACAAAACAAAGAUAUUGUACGAUCAGAAGAAUUAUUGGGAAGUGACAAAGAAGAUGAACCUGAGCAAUUCAUUAUAAAGCCACGUCGACCAAGUGUUAAAAAGACUGAAGAAAUUGUAGAUGAAGUCACAAUAAAGAAAAAAUUAAAACCUCUUCGUAAAUCAUCUAUUACACUUCCAGAGAUCACGGAACCUGAAAAUGUUACUUUCAGGCCAAAAUCUACGAAAACGAAAGAAGACGUUGAGCAAGAAUUUAACAUACAGUUAGAUUCAUAUGCUGAAGAAGAAAUAUCAAUGUCUAGUAAAGUGAAACUUAAGCCACAAAGACAACCAACCUUCAAUGAAGAAGCAGAUGAAGCAUCCAUUAAAUUUUACACAGAGGAAACUGAUGGGCCUGAAGUUGUAGAAAUUAUUGAAAGUGAUGAUGAACGCGAUGAUAAUAUAACUAACUUGAUGGUAUCUUUGAAAAAACCGCAACCAGUCAAAGAAAUUGUUGAAGAAAUUAGUUCAAGUGUAACCGUUUCUAAACCAAAGAAAGAAGAAGUUAGUGAAAUUAUUGAGGAUAUCAGUUUGAAACUAGAACGCAAACCAAAAUACAUAAUUGACGAUCAGGAAGAAGUAACUUAUGACGUGAAACCACAGGUAGAACAGUUUACACAAGAAGAGUUAUCACUUUCAAGUAAAAUUAAACUGAAACCGAAGAAAAAGAUCACUUUAUCUGAAGCAGCCGAUGAAGCGUCUAUUCAAAUAACACAAGAAAUUGAUGAUGAUAGCCAAGCAGAAGAAAUAAUAGUUAGUGAGGCAGAAUCUGAUGACAAUGUUGAAAUGGUAAUUCAACGUAAAGUUAAAAAACCAAAAUAUGAAGUCAGUGAGGUCGAAGAGUUAAGUAUAGAAUUGAAACCAAAAAGAAUUAAUGUGGACACUUAUGAUGAAGAACAACUUACAAUUUUAGCUAAACGAAAACCUAAGAAACCAUCACAAAUACAAGAAGCAGAUGUCACAGUUAGCAUUUCCAGGGAACAAGAAUUUCCAGACACGCCACUGGAUGUUCGAAGUGGAGAUACAGUAUUUGCUGUAUAUUCAUACGUGGCUGAAACAGACGAGGCGAUCAACCUGGUAGAAGGCGAGCGCCUCUACAUAUUAGAAACAACAAAUCAAGACUGGUGGUUUGUACGUAAGCAUCUCACAGAAGAAAAAGGUUGGGUGCCUGCUCAGUAUCUGAUGGAUGAAGCUAAUUAUACACUGUACCUUCAGAAGAAACUAAAUGAAAAGAUUGAUAAACUGCCAGUGUUUGAGAAGCCUGCAUCUGAAGAGCAAGCAGUCGCACCCAUAUUCGUCGAGAAAUUACGACCUAAGCAUACACCUGAUGGUUCUACCGUGCAAUUUGAAUGCCAAGUAGAAGGUCAUCCUCGACCUCAGAUAACGUGGUUCAGGCAAACGGCUAUAAUCAAACCAUCACAAGAUUUCCAAAUGUAUUACGAUGACGAUAAUGUAGCCACUCUUGUGAUUCGUGAAGUAUUCCCUGAAGACGCUGGUACAUUCACUUGUGUAGCGAAAAACGCCGCUGGAUUUGCAUCCAGCACCACAGAGCUGGUGGUUGAAGCACCACUGUCUGAUCACGGAUCUGAAAUGACUAUAUUAUCAAGAAAAAGUCUUUCUAGAGAAUCGUCUUUGGCAGAUAUACUUGAGGGUAUUCCACCAACAUUCUCGAAGAGGCCAAAGGCACAGUAUGUAGAUGAAGGGACUCAAAUAUUCUUGGAAUGUCGGCUCGUUGCUAUCCCCGAACCUGACAUAGCAUGGUUUUUCAAGGGAGAAGAGAUCAUUCCGGAUGAAAAUAUUUCUGUAGCAACUGAGUCCGACAUGCAUAUGUAUUGUAGUGUACUCAAAAUAUCAAAUGUAAAGAAAUUCCAAGAAGGAACAUACACCGUUUUGGCCGUCAACAGGGAAGGUGAAGCCAGUUUGCCGAUCGUUCUUAAAAUAAAAACUGGACAGAGGGAAAAACCACAAGUUAUAGAGCCUUUGAAAAAUAUGACUAUAAGAGAAGGCGAAAGUGUUGUAUUAAGCGCUCAGGUGGUGGGUAAUCCACAGCCAAAAGUAACAUGGUAUAAGAAUAAUGAACCUGUCAAAAAGCAAACUACGAAAUCUGACGGUGAUACCCAUACGAUCACAAUUGUUAAACCAAAGAAGGGCAAAGAUGAUGGUGUAUACACUCUAAAGGCAGUUAACUCUGAAGGUUCUACUGAAACUUCUGCUGUGAUUACAAUAGAAGAACCUACAGAAGAGAAUGCUGAACCACCGUUAUUCAUUAACAGAUUCCAAGAACUUACCGUUAAAGAAAAGGGUGUCAUAAAAUUAGUAGCAAGAGUAACGGGCAAUCCUGUUCCAAUUAUAACAUGGUAUAGAAAUAAUCAGAUACUAACUCCAUCGGAAACAGUCACACAAAACUUUGAUGGUGAAAACAUUGAAUUAAUUAUUACAAAUGUUGACUCUGAAAUUGACUCUGGGGAUUACAAAUGCGUUGCAUCUAACAGCGCAGGAAAGUCAUCGCACGGAGCGCGCGUAACCAUUGAUGUCGACAAGGUGACAUUCAUUAAGAAUUUGAGAAAAUCAUACGAAACUGAAGAAGGAAAAACAGUGGUACUGGAAUGUCAAACAUCUCAUACAGUGUCUACAAAAUGGUAUCACAAUAAUAAAGAACUCAGUGGCAUGGACCACAGGGAAAUAAUACAAGAAGGUCGAGUUCAUAAACUAAGGAUAAAGAAAACAAAAUUGACCGAUGUAGGAGUCAUAAAAUGCGUUGUGAAAGAUCAGGAAACUAGUACUAAAUUAAUCGUUCAUGAAACCAUCCCCGAAUUUACACGGAAAUUGCAAGACUUUGAAGUAAAGGAAAGGGACGUUGCUAUAUUGGAAGUAGAAAUAAAUUCCGAGACAGCAGAUGUAUUUUGGGAGAAAGACGGUGAAAGGAUCAAAGCAAAGAAAAAUAAGUACGAAAUCGAGAAACGUGGCAAUGUGCGCAAACUUUUCAUAAGAAAUACUUCAGUGCACGAUGAAGGUGAAUACACGUGUAUAUUAAGAGAUGAUGCAUGUACUGCAGAGGUAACGGUUGUAGAAUUACCACCAGAAAUUAUUUCACGUCUUCAAGACCAAAAAGUUAGUAAAGGUAACAAAGCCACAUUUGAAAUUGAGCUUACCAAGGGCGACGCACUUGUUCGUUGGUUUAAAGACGGAACUGAAAUACAAUUUUCCAAUCACAUGCAACUCACUAUUGACGGUAAGAAGCAAAAACUGAAAAUAUAUGAGUGUGAAAACAGUGAUGCCGGUGAAUAUUCUUGCGAAGUAGGAAGUGAUAGAUGUACAGCGAAAUUAAUUGUUGAAGAACCGUCGGUUGAUUUCGUGCUCCGGCUUCCAGAAGUAAUCGUUGUGCCAGCUAAUACUGAUGCUUACUUAACUGUUGAAAUACCUGACGAGACAUUAGAUGUCACUUGGUUCAAGAAAAAGACUGUUAUUGAAGACACCGAGAAAUAUACACUUAUUUCCGAUGUCAACAAACGUACUUUAAUUAUACGAAAAUGUACUGAAGACGAUCAGACUGAAUAUUCAUGUGCAUUGUUAGACGCAAGAUGUUCCACAAAAUUAAUUGUUGAAGUAUUAGAGUCACCACCAAGGAUCAUAUCAUAUGAUAAAGAAUAUAGAGUUAAACGUGGUAAUGAUGUUACUAUACAAGUUGACUAUGAAGCUAUACCUCAACCGAACGAUGAAUGGGUGGUUAAUUCUAAAAUCAUAAAGAAAUCUAAACAUACAAAACCAUCAAUAGACUCUAAAUACGCUAGUUUGACCAUAAAGAAACUGGAGAACACUGAUGCAGGUGUCUACAAGCUUAAGUUAGAAAAUAACUGUGGUGAAGUGGAAGUUGAAAUAGCGGUAGUUGUCCUAGAUUUACCAUCAAAGCCAGGAAAACCAAACGUGAUAGAUACAAGUGAUACUUCAGUGAAUUUAUGUUGGGAAGAACCUGAAAACAAUGGCGGUUCUGAUAUACAAUGUUAUAUUGUUGAAUACCAAGAAAUUAAUACAACUGAAUGGACAUCUAUUGAAAACGUUACUACAACACAACAUACCAUCGAUAAAUUGAAGAACAAAUCUUCAUACAGAUUCCGUGUAUUCGCUGUCAAUGAAGUUGGUGUCAGUGAAGCAUCAGAUGUUACAGAAUAUGUUAGGAUAGAAAAAGACUCAAAAUCACAAGCACCUACGGUUGAAAAACCUUUGAAGGAUCUUAUCAGUACUCCGAAUGAGGAUGUGGAGUUAACGUGUAUAUUUGGUGGUAUUCCUCAACCUAAAGUAGCAUGGUCUAGAAAUGGCAAGUCACUGAAAACAGCGAAAGCUUCAUACGUUAACAGAGUAGCGACUCUCGUUGUAACUGCAUCGGAAACAACAGAAGGAGUAUAUAAAUGUGUUGCAACCAACGAACACGGAGAAGCUGAAACAUCUUGUACAUUAGAAGUACAAUUGAAGCCGAUCAUACAUGUUGCUGAGAGGGAAAUCAAUCAAAAAUUACGAGUAGGUGAAGAGUGGUCAGUGACCGCGAACAUACAAGGCAUUCCCAAACCAUCAGUAAUAUGGAACAGAAAUGGUGCCAAAAUAGAAAAAUCUAAAGAAAUCGAAAUAACGACUGAAGAAGAAUACAGCACAAUAAGGAUCACGAACCUACAACGCUCACACACCAACAAAUACACCAUCGAAGCUCAUAAUAAGGCUGGCACCAGUUCUGUGGAACUGACGCUGAGAGUGUAUGACAAACCUAGUAGACCCGAAGGUCCUGUUAUAAUGAGAGAAAUCAGUAGAGAAUCUGUCACAAUCGAAUGGAAGCCACCACUCGACGACGGUGGUUUGGAGUUGACAAAGUAUGCUAUCGAGAGACACGAACCAGAGAUUGACCAGUGGGUGAAGGUAGCAGACGUGGACAAGAGCGUAGAGACCUAUUGCAUCCAGAGACUGAACGAGAAUUGCGAAUACAUGUUCAGGAUAAUGGCUCAGAAUCCAAUUGGUUACUCGGAGGCGUUAGAAAGCGAGCCGAUUGUAAUAAAGACUGCACUCGACGUACCUUCACCACCUUUGGGACCAUUGGGUCUCUAUGGCAUCGACAGCAAUUCAGUCACCGUGACCUGGUAUCCAUCCGAGAAGAACGGAGGGUCUCCCAUUCUAGACUACAGCGUAGAGAUAAAACAGGAGGGCAAGAAAUGGAAGCAGGUUGCCACCGUGACGGAGACCAGCGCCAGGAUAGAAAAACUAACCAAAGAUAUCACGUACCAGUUCCGGAUAUGCGCCAGAAACGAAAUAGGAACAAGCCAGCCGUACAUUUCUGAUGAGAAGAUCACUAUCGGAAAAACAUUGUCUCCACCAUCACAGCCGCUCAACUUCUUAGUGCGGGAAAUAACAUCGCGCACUGUAGCCUUACAGUGGGCCGCCCCAGAAAGCGACGGAGGAAGCCCAAUUACAAAUUACAUCGUUGAAUACAAGACUGUGAAAGGCAAGUCGUGGACUAAGGUCGUGACAGUGGGUGGCGCAGCGCGCGACUACCGCGUCGAAAACAUCAGGGAGAAAGACGAGCUAGUGUUCAGGGUGUCUGCUGAGAACGCAGUGGGAGUCAGCCUGCCAGCGUUAUCGCAAACAGUACGAUUGGAGAAACACGCCACUGUUCCGUCACCACCAACAGCGCCACUAGAAAUCAGAACAGUUGGCAAUAACAUCGUGAUGACGUCAUGGGGCACGCCAGAAUGGGACGGCGGCGCCCCACUGCUUGGCUACAACGUUGCCAUCCGUGACGUCACUAAGACCAUGUGGAUGGAGGUCGGCACGGUGGACGCGCACACUCUGAAGUUCGCCAUACGAGACCUCAGCGAGGAUCACACCUACAUGGUCAGGAUCUACGCGCGCAACGAGAUCGGCCUCAGCGAACCGCUCGAGUCCGACGAACCUUUCAAAGUUGUGCCUGGCGAAGGUGAGUGUUGUACACAGCUUGAACUAUGC